GGGACCAUGGCCAGCUCCGGCUCUGACAAGAGCUCCUCUGCGCCCUCGCCCUCUACCUCGCCCUCGGACACCACUUCUAGCAGCUCCAGCAGCAGCAGUAACCGCCCCAGCAGUUCCAGCAGCCGAAGCAGCCAGACAGCCGAUGUCAGCAGUCAGACGUCCGAUGAGUUCUACCAACAGACACAGAGAAAGGGUGGUGUUCCCAGGGCACUCAGAAGAUUUAGGAGAGAAUCUUCAUCUUCCUUCCAAGAUUCAGUUGGGGAAGAGAUCACUAAACCAGCUAUAGAAAAACGUGGAAUUGAUAUAGCAUUGCAGACAGAAAUGAGUUGGCUACAGGAUCUACAUGAAAGAAGAUCAAGCCUUUCAGUGAGAGACAGCAUGUCCCAAGGCGAGAUUGAGGAAGAAAUACCAGCAUCCAAGAAAAAGACAAGGAUUAAAAAUUUAAAGACUACCCUACAAAAAAUAGCAGCAGCCCGUGCUUUUGGCUCCUUUACACAUGGGGAUGUCUCUCCUACCUCUUAUUGCCCAUUAAUCCGAGCGCGAUGGUCAAUGAAUGAGAGAAUGAAGAAAUUAGACAUUCUGUGUGAUAUGGAGUUUAAAGAAGAAUUUGAAAUGUUUUUUGAACCAUUACUGGAAACUAUCCCAAAGGUUGGGCCACCAGCCAUUCUGGCCUAUAAACCAGAGCCACCGCCACAAGAUAUAAUACUCGAGUGGGAAACAGAGUACACUGCAUGCUGUGAGUUUUGUGGGCAUGAACUGAGACCAUUUCCUUCCCUGGAUAAUAUUGACUUUGACCCCGAAAGCUAUGAGAAUCUCUUCUGUUGUCUUGAGUUCAAGAGACUGUUCGAAUAUGUUCUCCAUGAAAGGAACCUCAUCAAAAGUAUGUAUCCAGAAUCAGAUUUAAUCUCCAUUGCACCUCACGCAGCUUUUGGCAGUGAGCAAGAGAGGCUCAAAGCAAAAGAAAAGGCCCUUCGGAGACAACAAGAAAGACAGAUGGCCAGAACCUUUGCAUUCAUGUCAAGUGAUCAAGAAGAGGUUGGUAUAAAGCAGCUUAGAACAAUAACAUACCAACUUGCCCGGAAUCCGUCAAUAAAAGUAACGAAAGAAGAUCAAUUAGGUGAUUCGCUCGAGGAGCAGUGUACGUUUUCUAUUGAAUCUGGUGAUAUUUGGACACUACCUUGCCUAAAGAAAAUAGAAAAGGAGUUCCUCGAAAAGUACUACAAAGACGGAGGGAAGUUCCUGACCAUGUUUCCUGAUGGCACAGCCCAAAUAUUCUACCCCUCAGGAAAUUUAGCAGCAGUUGUGACCAGCAGAAAAAAUGGUUUCAUUUGUGUGAUCCAAGAAGAUACAACCAAUAAACCUGCGAUUAGGGCAAUAUUUGAUUCCAGAGGCAAAAUUACCUGCUACUAUCCCAAUGGAAACAUUUGGAUCAACAUCAACCUCUUGGGAGGACAAUUUUCAGACCAAGAAGGCAACCGAGUGAGGACUUGGAAGUGGUCAACUACCAUGACUUCCUUGCCCUUUGUUUCAUUUAAGCCAAUAUUUUUGUCUUUAAACAAUUAUGUGGGCGUCCGGAUAUUAGAUCAAGACAAGGUUAUUGUCUCUUUUCUAGCACUGGGGCAACAGGCAAGAAUGAAUGUGGGAACCAAGCUGAAGGUGCGGAUAUAUGAAGAGGUGCCCAAGCUCAGGUAUUUCACUGAUGAGGACCUUUUUCUGCUUGCAUUUAUCAUAAGAAUUCGACGUUUGCUGAGCAAAAUUGAGAUACUUGUGAACUUUCCCAGCAUUGAGAAUUGGUAUAAAUUGAAGACACCUUCCUACCUUGCAACUCGUGCUGUAAAAUUACUUUCACUUUGUCAGUAUUAUGAGUUAGGUAAAGAUGCAAUUUCAACAAUAACUGCAUUAUUAAAUGAACCAAUUUAA